UCUACUCUCGUCUUCCCCAGAUAUCGUACCCUCUAUCUUUACACAUCACACGUUGAUUUGUAGCUUUGCUUUCAUUGAUUCAUGGAAGAAGGAUCACCGAAUCUGGUAGCGGAGAGAGAACAUACAAGCGAAAGGAAGUUUCCAGGUAGCCAUCGACGAUGUGUCAAAUUCCUCCUCAACGAUGGCGGUGAUGUUGGCAGUGAUUUCAACAACCAUUGCAAUGGCAAUUUGGCAAUUUAUGCUGGUCGGUGGUGAUAGACUGUGACAGCGACUCCUACACGCCUAUAUCAGAUUCAUUCACCAAACAAUGGUGGCGAAUAAGUAAAGAGAAUUUCAUGGCACAAAGUCAAAAAGACGGGAACAAUGCUUUCUCUCCAGUCCAAGAAACCCACUCCAAACACUUGUUAAUAAACCCUCCCACACAUUUCUCUCGACAUAUUCGCAUUCCAAAACAGAAAUCCACUGCUUCCUGGAGCCAGAAUCCGGGUUUUUGUUGUGCCCAAUCCAUGUCGCCUCUGGGAGUGCAACUGUAUAUUCAAGAUCGUCAUGUGGUAAUGGAUAAUGGCAUCCUUCAAGUUACAUUAUCAAAUCCAGGGGGAAUUGUCACUGGGAUCCGAUAUAGUGCCAUUGACAAUCUGCUUGAAGUUCUUAAUGAUGAAACUAACAGAGGUUACUGGGACCUUGUUUGGAGUGUACCAGGAAGUGCUGGAAUAUUUGAUGUGAUUAAGGGAACAACUUUUAGGGUGAUAGUGCAAAAUGAAGAACAAGUAGAGAUCUCAUUCACAAGAAUGUGGGAUCCCUCACUUGAGGGCAAGUUGGUACCAUUGAAUAUAGAUAAAAGGUUUAUAAUGCUUCGAGGUUCCUCAGGCUUCUACUCCUAUGCCAUUUAUGAGCACUUAAAGGAAUGGCCUGCUUUCACCCUUGCUGAAACUAGGAUUGCAUUCAAGCUCAGAAAAGACAAGUUUCACUACAUGGCCAUGGCAGAUAACAGGCAACGGUUCAUGCCCUUGCCAGACGAUAGGUUACCAGGACGAGGCCAACCCUUGGCCUACCCAGAAGCAGUUUUACUAGUCAACCCUGUGGAGCCAGAAUUCAAAGGAGAGGUGGAUGACAAGUAUCAAUACUCUUGUGAUAACAAAGAUAACCGGGUCCAUGGGUGGGUAUGCCUUGAACCGCCAGUGGGGUUCUGGCAAAUUACACCCAGUGAUGAGUUUCGAACUGGUGGACCCGUCAAACAGAAUCUAACCUCACAUGUGGGCCCUACAACCCUUGCAAUGUUUCACAGUGCUCAUUAUGCGGGAGAGCCCCUGGUGCCCAAAUUUGGAGCUGACGAGCCAUGGAAGAAAGUUUUUGGCCCAGUUUUUAUCUAUGUCAAUUCUGUUUUUGGUGACGGUGACCCAUUUUGGCUAUGGGAAGAUGCCAAGGAACAGAUGACGAUUGAAGUCCAAAGCUGGCCCUACAGCUUCCCAGCCUCAGAGGAUUUUCCAUCUUCAGAUCAGCGGGGCAAUGUUAGUGGCAGAUUACUAGUCCAAGAUGGGUAUAUCAGCGAUGACUAUAUAUUAGCAAGCUGUGCUUAUGUCGGAUUGGCGCCACCAGGAGAUGUUGGAUCAUGGCAAAGAGAAUGCAAGGACUACCAAUUCUGGACCCAAGCCGACCUGGGAGGCUAUUUCUGCAUUAAUGAUAUUCGACCUGGUGACUAUAAUCUUUACGCAUGGGUCCCGGGUUUUAUUGGGGAUUAUAAAUUAGAUGCUGUCAUUACCAUAACCCCAGGCUGUGAUGUUUUUGUGGGUGAUCUUCUAUAUGAGCCUCCAAGAGACGGACCUACAUUGUGGGAAAUAGGCAUUCCUGAUCGUUCUGCCGCAGAGUUCUACACUCCUGAUCCAAACCCAACUUAUGUCAACAAACUAUUUGUCGGUCAUCCUGACAGGUUUAGGCAGUAUGGAUUAUGGGAAAGAUAUGCAGAAUUAUAUCCUGAUGGUGAUUUAGUUUACACAAUUGGUGUCAGUGACUAUACUAAAGAUUGGUUCUUUGCUCAGGUCACCAGGAAGAAGGAUAACAACACAUAUCAAGGAACUACAUGGCAAAUUAAGUUCACACUCGACACCGUGGAUCAGAUCGGAACCUACAAGCUGAGAGUGGCAAUUGCCUCAGCAACACUUUCCGAGUUGCAGGUCCGGGUCAAUGAUCCAAAAGCAAAUCCUCCUCAUUUUACAAGUGGGCUAAUAGGGAGGGACAACACAAUUGCGAGACAUGGCAUUCAUGGGCUCUACUGGCUUUAUAGUGUGAAUGUACUGGGGAAUCUGCUCGUGGAAGGUGAGAAUACCAUUUUCCUCACGCAGCCAAGGAGUACCAGCCCUUUCCAGGGGAUCUUGUAUGACUAUAUUCGUUUAGAAGCUCCUCCGUCUCCCGAUUCCAAUUCCAACAAGAAGCUUGCUUAACUUUAAUAGGAAAUUCAAUAGGAACCUCUCAUCCAUAUAUAUAUAUAUAUGAGCCGAUGCACUAUAUAAUUUGUAAAAUAAUUCUUCUUUAAGUGGAGUUGGCUGCUAAUAUCAUUGUGCUAUUGUAAUCUUGCCAUUUGAAACUGAAAACGCAUUGAAUUUUA